AUGAUCCAAGCUCGCUUUAGUUUCGGUCGCUACCUCGGCUCAAUUCCAGUCGUCCUGAACCUCGCAAAUCUAGUUGGUUUUAGUGUCAUUAUAUGUGUCGUUGGUGGCCAGUGUCUUUCCGCUGCAUCUCAAGGGACGAUUAGCAACAACGUCGGAAUUGUCAUUAUUGCUAUCUUGGCACUCGUCAUAUCGUUUUGCGGAUUUCGAGUGCUUCAUUGGUAUGAGAUGGUUGCAUGGGCUCCAGCAAUUCUGAUGAUCACGAUCGCCACCGGUGUUGGAGGCUCGAAUCUCAAGAACCAGGCUCCGACUGAACCUGCCACCGCACCAGCCGUGCUGUCCUUUGGAAUGAUCAUUGCCUCAUACACCAUUCCUUGGGCGUGUCUUGCAUCCGACUUCACGACAUACUUCAGCCCUCAGGCCUCGUCGUGGCGUAUCUUCACUUACAGUUAUCUCGGCCUUGUCAUUCCUACAGUCCUACUAAUGACACUUGGUGCAGCGAUAGGUGGUGCCAUUCCGAGUAUAGAGGGUUGGCAAGAUGCCUCUGAUGCCAUGGGAGCAGGAGGUGUUCUUGCUUUGAUGCUCGAACCAGUGGGCCGUUUUGGGCAAUUCGUUGUGGUUGUUCUGGCCUUCUCACUUCUGGGCAAUAUUUCCGGAACCAUGUACAGCGUGACGUUGAAUUUCCAGAUUCUCCUACCAUGGCUGGUUCGCGUACCGCGAUAUGUCUUUAGCAUUAUCGUCACAGCCAUCAUCAUUCCUGUCAGCAUCCGAGCGGCUGUCGACUUUUUUGUGAACCUCGAAAAUUUUGUGUCCAUUAUUGGAUACUGGACAGCGUCCUUUGUGGGAAUUGUGGUUACGGAGCAUGUUGUGUUCAAGAAAGGAGACCCAGUUCGAUAUGACCACGAUGCUUGGAAUGAUGCAAAACUCCUUCCGACUGGUAUCGCGGCCAUUGGAGCUGCUGUCUUAUGUUUUGGUCUCGUGAUUCCUUGUAUGGAACAGGUUUGGUGGGUUGGCCCAAUUGCCAAACAUACCGGGGACAUUGGUUUCGAGGUGGCUUUCAUUUUGAGCGCCCUUCUAUAUGCUGUCUUUAGAACGAUUGAUAACAAAUUUUGGAAAAGGUGA